AUGUACUACAUCACCAUACCUUCCCAGGAAGCACCAAACUGGCAAGCACGUACACUGAAUGACACCAGUCACUCAGUGGGAGUGGGGAAGGGAGACACUUGGGGUGUCUGCAGCGAAAGAGGGAGACGAGCGUUUUCACUCCCCGUUCUCGGGGGUGAAAAGAAGAAAAAAAAUGAGGUCGGUCGGUCGCGGUUUUCCACGGGACGAGCGGAUUACACAACGCCACCAGCGCGGAGGAAGGCAGAAGGCGGCGGGAGGCCGGCGGGGCGGGCACCCGAAGCCAGCGCACCCCGGCUCGGGGCUGCCCUCGGACAGGGAGAAAGAACCCCCGAAAAAACAGGGCCGCCCAGCACAGGCCUCUGCUGCCGCUCUCAUUCCCCCGUCCCUCCAAGUCCCUCACCACAGCAACAACUGUGUAUAUAUUUUUUUAAUCCGUGUAGAGAAAAGAAGCGCCCAGAAAAGAGAAACACCAGGAAAGCUCUUGCUUCCUACCUGGGCAGGGUUCAGCUCAGUUCAGUGCGUGCCGAGGAGGAGGGGGCAGAGAAGCACUAUCUAAAACAAAAGUGGCGCCAAAACCCCCCAGUAAGAAGCAUUCUUCUUCCUCCUCCUCCCCCUCCCUCCCCCAGCAGGGCCGGCGAGAGCCCAGCGGGGUUCCUGCAACACGCGGCUCCCGGCAUCAGGCGGCCCCGGCACAAGUUGGCAAGUGCCCUUUCUUUACAAAAAAAACAAAAAAAAAAAAAACAGAAAAAAAUAAAGCAAGCCGAACGGAAACUGCCACAACUCUUCCUCUUAGAGGGCAGCCGCCGAAGAGCUCGCCCAAAGUCACCCGGAGGGGAAAACUCGCCCUACAAAGGCAUUCCCCGAGCUGGGCGCCGGAGGAGGCGGGGGGGGGGGUCGCCAGCUCUCUCGAAGGAGGCAGCGAAGAGGGGCGGGAGAGAAAGGCACAGGUCAGACCCCACGUCCUCACUUGGGCCGAGGGAACUCGCUGUCGCCAGCUCUCCAGCCCAGUCACUCAGAAAGAGGCAGCCGGAGUUGCCCCAGCUCGACCGAGCCGGGAAAGGGAGACGAAGGAGAGAAACCCCAAUCCCCCGGCACUUCCCUCCGCGGGCAAGCCGCCGGGAGCGGGCUGGCAGGAGAGCUCAGCUGAGGGAAGGAGGGGGAGCGCUGUCAGGGAUGGGAGUCCCCUCUCCCCGGCCUCCACCGACACCCACCCGGGGCACCGGCGGCCGCCCCACCAUUUUCUGCUGCGCGCCGCGCGGCCCAGCGCUCUCCGCCCCCCCCACCCCGCUCCGGCCGCAGCGGCUCCGACCCCCUUCCCCUCCCAGCCACCCCCCGAGCGGCCCGGCCCGGCUUGCCCACACACACACCCGCCACACACACAAUGCCCGAGUCCUCCAUCUUGCCAACAGCCCCUGCUCGGCUCGGGAGAAGGGGGGAGGAGGAGAAGGUGGUUCUCCAUUUUAGCUCGCCGCGCACUGGGCCCAGCCUGCCCGCGGCCGGCUCUGGGGACGAGGAACGGGGCUCCGGGCGGGCAGCGGGGCCGCUUUCGGCGCCCUCUCUCUCUCUCACUCGCGCUCCACUCGCGUCCCCCCUCCCCGCCGGGGCGCGCUGGGAAGGGGGGGUGGGGAAGCGGGGGGCUGGAGUGUUUUCGCGGCUCGGCCCCGCCGUCCUCCAUCUUGGCUGCGCGGAGUCCCUGUGGCCAGCAGGCCUAGCGCUCCGCGCCGUCCCCGCAGGCCGGGGGACCGCGGGCCCCGUCCCGGCCUCGCUCCGCAGCCACGCACCGCGAUCCCGAGUCCCCCCUCCAAACUUCCAGAAGCUUCGCCGCCAUUUUCUAACUUACCUUGCCCAGUGUCGGCGUAGGCAGCGAGGAGGCCCAGGCUCGUAGCUCCGCUCCUAUAUCCCCGGCCCGGCUGCCGGUUGCGCGCCCGGCCCGGAGCCUCGGCCGCGGAGGGGGGGUUUGGGGAGGGCGCGGGGCGCGGGCAGGUUAUUUAAUUUGGCGGCGGCGCUGGGGAUUGUUUGGGGUGUUCGCUGCUCGGCGGCUCGCGAGCGAAUGGAGGGCGCAGGCGCCACCUGGCGGCCACCGCGCGGGGCCCGCUCUCCUGGGCGCGGGGCGACACCUGCCGGCCGGCCGCGGCGGCGCCAGCCGAGCGGGGUAAACAAGGUGCCGCGCAUGCGCGCGGGCCGCCCGGCCGCUCCCCCACCCCCGCCGGCUGGCGAGCGCGGCGCGGCCUGAGGGGCCGGGCCGGGCUGAGGGGGCGGGCGAGGCGGGGGAGGCAGCGGCCCGGCCUCCUCCGUGCGCGGCCGGCGGGGGCGGCACGGCUGCUGGCUCCAUUCUGGGGCAGGAUCGGGUAACCGCAGCGCCAGUGCGGCCUAAAAAGGAGCUGCGGCUCCGCCGGGGGGACGCGCCCGGGCCUCGCAGAGACGCGGGGCCUGGUGUCCUUCCCCCUUGCAACGCGGCGGGGAUUGUUAAAUAAUUGGGCCCCUCAGUUCCAGCAGGACAGGGAACUGCUGGAGAGAGUCCAGCGCAGCCACCAAGAUGCUGAAGGGAGUAGAGCAUCUCCCGUGUGAGGAAAGGCUGAGGGAGCUGGGGCUCUGGAGCUGGACAAGAGGAGACUGAGGGGGGACUCAUUCCUGGGGAUCAAUAUGGAAAGGGGGAGCGUCAGGAGGAUGGAGCCAGGCUCUUCUGGUGACAACCAGUGACAGGACAAGGGACAAUGGGUUGAAACUGGAACACAGGAGGUUCCACUUAAAUAUGAGAAGAAACUUCUUCUCAGUGAGGGUGGCAGAGCCUGGCCCAGGCUGCCCAGGGAGGUUGUGGAGUCUCCUUCUGUGCAGACAUUCCAACCCGCCUGGACACCUUCCUGUGUAACCUCAUCUGGGUGUUCCUGCUCCAUGGGGGGAUUGCACUGGAUGAGCUUUCCAGGUCCCUUUCAACCCCUCACAUUCUCUAUGUUCAGCUGAGGCGAAGUUCAGUCUUUCUAGAAAUAAUCCAUUAAUCGCUUGCAGUUUUUCUUCGCUCACCAAUAUCCGAUAAACAUGAAAGCCAAAAUGUGGUUAGAGACUUUCAUGAACAGCCCCGCAAUUCGCCAGUUUGUUGUGAGUACUGCUGUGCAGCCUACAUGUGAAGCAUUCACACAGGCUAUAAUAGAUUAUUACAUGGAUGAGAUCUUAGUGUGUGCUGAACAAUCUGAUUAUCUGCAGAGUGUGGUGACACGCUUACUUCAAGCUCUGAAACUUUAUGGCUUACAAGUUACACAGGAAAAAGUGCAAACUGUGCCUCCUUGGAAAUAUUUAGGCUGGAUUUUAACUGAAACUAUUAUCAAACCCCAGCCUUUGACUAUUAAUAAUGACAUUAAGACAUUGAAUGAUUUACAGAAAUGGAUGGGUACAAUUAACGGGUAUGAUCCAUGCUUGGAAUUUCUAACCAUGAACUCCAGCAUCUGUUUCCAGCAUCUCCUCCCUUCCAGACUGGGAGGCCAAGAGCCGCUGACACUGCAGGGACAAUGUCCUCGCCCCGCCAGGCCACCGCUGGCUUUUCAGACCUGAUCUGGCCUAUCUUGGUUCAUUUUGUGCACAGUAAGCAAAGUUGUGUGCAAGGGAGCCUAUGGUUUUGCAGAUAAAUGUGCCCAGAUGGGUGCAGCGUGCCUUAUCUUGUGAGCUCCAAGCUUGUGUGGUGAUACACACAGAAGCGAUGUUUGCUGACGGCUGGGGGUAUUCUUGUGGCUAGGAGCGUUGUCCUGAAACGUUUUCUGCUGCUGCCCAUCACUAAGUGCAUUCCUGAUUUAAAUUGGUGUUUGCUCCUAGGCUCUGAGUGCAGUUCUGUGUUUCUCCCUGCAUGAAGGUUGAUAUGAACCUGAAAUGAUCACAUAUAAGCAGUAUAGAAUACUUAAAGUAGCCAGAUACAAAAUUUGUGACACUCGUGUUUCUAAACACACAACUCAGUAGUUCCUUCUACAUUUUUUUUCCUCCGUAUUGUGUAAUGCUGAGCACAUUACUCAUGCUGAAUAGUUGCACAUAGCACCUAAGCCUAUUGUUAGAUUAGUCAGCACGAGAAUAGUUUUGUCCUGGUAAUUAGUCUCUAAUCAGCCUCUUGUGUUUAUCUACUUUUAAUUUUGGGGAGAGGUUUGGCCUAACUAAGCAGGCACUAAGCUGAGUGACUCUGCUCAGCUGUUUAACAAAGGCAGGACGCUUCAGACUAUCCAUCAGUUCCAGUCUUUUCAAAACUAAGAUGAGGUAUUGAAGAGCAAAUGACACUUAUAAUAGAAACUCUGAUCAGAUACGGAGUGUUUAAAAUAAAAAAACUAGUGUAAUAGGAGUUGAUGUCACCAAGCAAUUCCAGCAAAUCUGUCAGUUGGUACAUGAGACAGACAUUCAAAAAUAAAUUACAUUGUAUAGCUUGAAUUAAUGUUUCAGAAUGUUUUUUUUUUCCUCCUGUCAAGGCUGUGGGGAAAAGAAAAAAAAAAAAAGCAGCAGAAAAUUAUGAGAAAUAUUUCCUUUUAGGGAACAUUUUAAAAUGAUAUCCUGAAUACCCAGUCAUAAAACUAUGUCUAUAGUUUCACUUGCAGGUACAGGUGCUAAUCUUAAAUGUGAAUGUGUUAAUGUCUGUUUGGAAAUUGCAGAAGUGUGAAUAAGAGAUAGUCUGGGGGAAAAAAACAAACAAACAAAACAAACAAAAAACCCACCACAAAACAACACACCAAACCUCAAGUAAAUUUUAAACAUGCUUAUGAUAUAUAAUAGUUGUUAAAUUACACAUAGAAAUAGAUGGAAAGGAGCUGGGUCCAUUUGUGCCUUCCCUCUACAAAUUAACUUCUGACACCUGCCAGAUAGACAACUUUUCCAUGAAAAUAACCUACACACUUCCAAAACUAACAUUUUGCCUGCACAUGGAAUUCCAGUAAUGUAUCCUUUGCUGAAGAUACAAUAGAGCAACUCACAUUACAGUUCAAAUCCAGAACUCGGUAAGAUCAUAGCGGUGUCCUGGGGGAGCUGGCAGGAGCACAACACUGCGGCAGCUUGAGGGUCAGCUGUGCCCCAAAUCCCCGUGUUAACACAUGGCAGAUAUUUGGUCUACUCCAAAAACCUCAUAGUUCACACUUGACCUCAUAGCUGAGAUUUUUUUUAGGUAAAUGUGUUCAACAGAAGAAAACGCGACAUCGUUUUUAGGGUGUGUUUUUAAAGGAAUGAGCGUGCAAGUGCUGACAAUAACCGUGGCGGAGAGUUCAGCCCGUUUCAAAAGCUGACUCAGACCUUGGAAGCCCAGUUCAUAACUCGUCUGGGUGUCCUGACUCCUGUGACAGAAUUUGCUUUUUGAAACUUGUGACAACAAACCAAGGAAACCCUCUGGAGCCCAGACUCCAGGUGCAGCGGCGUAUUACGAACCGCCGGUCACAGCGCCCGCCUGAGAGGAUUUUGCCCUCUCCAGUUCAUUUCCUCCCUCCCAGUUGUUCCACUCAGCUGUUUGCCCGGCUGCUGUCUGAGCAGAACUGCUGCCUCAGCAGAGAAGGGGGCAGGGCCAUUUGGUUUCCAAGGGACUGGUUUCGUUUUCCCCCCCCAAACCAAAUCAUUUCUCAGAUGCCAUUUAGAGUACAAGUCCGUAAGCAAUUCAGUCAGCACAACCGAAGGCGUGGUGUGCUCCUGGGGAGCCUGGGGAGGUUUCUGCUUUGCUCCAGUGACAAGAAGACGGGAAUUUCUUAAGCCAGAGCUGCCUUGGGAGGAUUCCUAACACAGCCCCACACUUGGAUCAUGCAAAUAACUGUCAUAAACCAGUUUACACAGCACACAUCUAAGGAGCAAAUGCAACAGUCUCUCAAGUGGUGGGCAGGAAUGUAGGGGGCAGAAAAGCGGAACAAGUUCUUAACCAUUGCAUUUGUUGUCAUUGUGGGGGACAAAACUGGCUCUCACGAGUGCCCGAUGUGUGCAUUUUCCCCAUGAACGGAUCAUGCUGCUGGAACAGAGCAUUCCAGUGGAUACAACAGGGAAGCUACAAAGCAGUUCCUCUGCUAGCACACCGCUUCUUUCCAAGCUAACAGUUCCAGAAUGAGCUUCCACCAUUUGUUCAGAACUGAGAAGAAAUCAAAGUUUAACUAUCUAGCACUCUUUUUCCAAUACAAUGAAAAAAAAUGCAAAAAUCAAUUUUAUAAAAGAUGUUAUCCAAGCAUAAUAAGGAAACAGAGAUAUUUUAAACUCUGACCUUCCUAGCAGCGAUUUGUGUCUGACAGAAUUUCUGCGGAAACUGUAGGAGGAACUGUUCUACAGGACUAUGUUACUUUUCUCACAACAGCUACUCUUUAAGAGCUUCAGAGUCCAUUUCUGAUAUUGAGCCCAGUUGAGAGAUAAUUCAACAAAGACUUUGCAACAGGGACUUUUACUACACUUGGUCCAAAGAGAGCUCUUGACCAGUCACCUGGUUAAGAAACUGAGCAAGGAAAGCAUAGAUACCAAUUCUGUGUCUGAAUUAAUGGCCAGAAUUUUACCGCUAGAGAAGAUCAGAAUAAACUCAAGUUGACAGAUGGCUGGUUCAUUCUUCCAGGCAGGACAUUCAUGCUCAUGCUGCUUCCUUUUCUUUGCGGGUAGCAGAACAGGAACCCCUCUGCAAUUCCGUUUCCUCAUUUCUAUUAAAAAGGGGUGUUUGCUUAUGGGAACUGGCAAACAAGCCAGAAUUUGUACACUGGUUUCAUUCCAAGGUGAUGUUCUAACCUUGAUGGCUUGCUUUAAAUAAGCCACAGCCAUAUUUUGAUCUGUUUAGUUGGGUACAGAGCGGGAAAGCAGUCUUCCCAGACAGAUUUUGUUUCCAAGAUUUUUGAAACUGGCUUAGUCACUGUAGGGAAAUCUGCUCUAAAUCCUUUUGGAGAUGAGCUAUUACAUAAGAAACAAAAUUAAAGAGCAAAAAAUGGGUUACUCUCCUAUAAUUUGCAGGAGAGAGAUUGCACAUUGGUUGCUCCUUAGGCCUUUCCAUGUUCCGUGAAUAAUUUCUUCCUUUUAUGAUUUACAGACGUCUCCCUUGUUUGCCCCAGCAGGUCUUUCCAGAACACCUAACUCAUCUGAAUUUUCUUGAUUCAGUAAGUUUCUGCUGACCGUGCCCUCAGACCUAUAAAAGAGCAUAGUAUCACAGUUUGUCCCCUGUCAUUAAAAAGGAAGUUUUAACUCCCCUUCAUUGUCAGCUCUAGAAAUGAAUUUAGAUCCUCAGUAAAUCACAAAUGCUUCCUGCUAAUUGCAUUAUCAGGAGAUUUAUCCAGUCUGUGCCACUUGUUACCCAUAGCCCUUCACUCAUCCCCCUAUUUGAGGUGAGAUUCUCUCACCACAUCUCAUUCUUUGAGAUUAGAAUCUCUUAGCCAUGUUUUAAAGUUCUCACCAAACAGUGUAAAGGCCACACCAGUUAUUGGUAGGAAAUAAUGAAAAGCCCAUCUCCAAGCUUCAGUCAAGAGCUUUCCCUAGAGGCACCACCUCAUCUUAUCUAUAGAAAGAGUGUUACCGUUCAGGCCGUUGUGCUUGGCUCUGGGGCACGAUCUGCUCCGGGAGCUCUUAGGAGACAUGACUAGCAUGCGCUUGUGACCUGUAGCCAAGUCCCGGCAGAGGCAUCACGAAUCAAAGACCAUUUUAUGAGUCAGACACCAUGACAGCAUCAGUGACAAAGUCUGUGGAAGAAGAACAGGAACCAGAUAAACACGUUUCAAAUUGGGUAACCCGGAUAAAUGGAAGGACGCAGUUAAAGGCGGGGAAGAACAGGCUGUGUGACAGAAGAAGGGCUGGGUGAGAGCAGGCAAGGAAUGAAAUCAGGUCAAGGGGGCCAGACAGCAGCGGCCAGCACUGGGGAAGAAGCUUCGGCUUAGGGACAGCUGGAGAACAGGCAGUGAAGCUGCACGGCAUGCUUGACGCGCAGGGCAAACCCGUCCGGAGCAGAGCGCCAUUCUCAGCUGGUGGGAUUUGCUGGGGCUGACACGGAGCUGACAUGGAGCCAGGGCUGCCAGGAACAGGCGAGGAAAAGGCUGGCUCGUGGUUAGGUGAGGUUAGAGUGCAACUGGCACAGAAACGUUCUUAUUCAGCUCAACCUCCGCACAAGAUCUUAGAGCAAAACUAUUGUAAAGUCAAAUGCAUUUGUGUUUAAGCUUUGAGGAAAAUCCUCCAUCAAACGAAUGGGACAGCUCUCUCCUGUAUUUACAGGCAAACAGCAGGUUUGGAUGAUGGCAGUUGAUUGGCCUUUUCCCCACAAACUACCAAGGCCAGAACUCAGAAGGUUGAAGUGGAACUAUAUGCAAUGGGGAGGCGGCUGUUACUUACAUGACAGAUGAGGUCAGGGAACAGAUUACUCUUUCAGAUCGUUUGGACAAGGCGUUUGCUCCCUGGUUUGGUUUAGGGGGUAUUACUUGUGAUGACUUCUGGCUUUUCUCGGACGGUUUACGUGCUGUACUCCCAACCAACACUCAUCUCCUGCCUAGAGCUGCGACAAAACGGAAUCUUGAGGAUGAUCCGGUCGCUCUGCCUCCCAGAGACAGCAGCCCAGGGCAAACACCGGCCCCUGCCCUUUACCCGCCCCGGAAAAGCACAGCAACACGAGUCAGAAGCAGGCGGGUGGGAUCGCCGCGCUGGGUCCGCGCUGAAACACCCCGCCUGCCCGACUUACGUGAAACGCUAAACUCUUCAAAGGCACAAAAAGGCAAAAUAAAACCUUUCUGUGCUGAUUUA